AUGUCCUACACUAUCCGUCUCCGUAUCCAGAACACCACCUCCGAGACUCUCACGGUUGUCGAAAAGACCUGCUGGUACUAUGCCAACGGAUGCACCUGGACAGAACAGGACGGCCAGCAUGUGUUGUUCAUGGGGGGCAGCGGUACCUCUGGAAUGCUUCGCUUCAAAUCCUCCUCCGGCGAAACAUUCACCACUGUCCUGGGCAUGCACAAUUACAACCCAUGGUGUGAUGUGCAAGUUAACUUGAAGGAUGAUGAGACGGCGGUGAAGAUGCAUCCAGAAUACUACAAUGGGGGCAAGCUUUCGGAUCAGGCGGGUGCUGGGAUAUACAAAGGGACAGGUCAUGGUCAAAUGGUUGCAAUUACUUUCCAGAGGAAAGAUGAAAAUGAGGUGUUUGCUGUUUUGCAAUACUAUGUAGAACCAGACAGGCGCGUUUACUAG